AUGACCUUGCAAGGCUUCUUUUCAGAAGAGGCGGUUCAGCAUGCGACAUCAACGGGUACUUCCUCGUUUAUAAAAGGCCUCUUCUUUGGCAUUCUGUCGGUCUUGGCGAUAGAAGCAUUCCUCGUUUUUCGCCUUGUCAGUCACUUUCUCGACCCAUCCCGUCGUCUCUUCAAGGUGUCUGCUGGUGACCGCCCUUCCUUUGCCAAAGAGUUUAUUGGUGUGACUGGCGGCCCUGAAGGGACGGGAACGGCGGCUGACCAUGAAAUCCUCAAAGAUGAGCUGCUCGAGAGCAAACACAAAACAACCAGCAGCUCUGCACACCAUCAGACACGAGAGCAUCACGAACCCUGGCCGGAGAACGUUGUGGAAUUCUUGCGUCAAGCUUUGACACCUGGGGAUAACGAUGCAUUGCUACGACCCUCUCGGUCAAAGAAACCGGGAUCGACUCCCCUCGAUCAAGACAAUGAACCCAUUGCAAUGGCAGAAACUGAGCAAUGCCACUGGAUCAAUGUUCUUGCACACAGAUUUUUCUUGGCGCUGAGAGGGAGCGAGCUGUUCAAGAAGAAGGCAAAGGCUAAGUGGACAGAGAAGAUUAAUGUUAAACUGAAGGGGAAACUCGUCGUGGUGCGGAUUCGAUGUCCCUCCAUUAAAUGGCCAGAUAUGAUUGGGGUUGCUUUCGUUGAGGAUCCUGGGGUAUCAUUUCGUGUAGACUCGCCUCUCACAGUGGGCGAUAAUGAGCUCUUGCGCGGCAUGGUAAACAAGCUCCUUUCAAGUGUCGUACGGAAAGUGUUCUUAGAACUGUGGGUGCUACCAUCGUGGAGAACUUUCUUUAUGCCUCUCAUGGAGCCAAAAUUGGAGGAUAUCCUUGCUCGCUCACGAGCAGCUAAAGAAGCUGCUAGCGCGGGACGUAAGGCCGAUUCUCAAUCCAAGGCCUCCACCCUAUGGGAAACGCGCUCGCCUCUUUUACGCAACAGCAAGUCAGAUCUACCGUUUCUUUUUGGAGAUGUGUUGGGCCAGACGACAUUCCAAACAUCGAAAAUUCUCCAUCCUUCUACUCGUGAAGUGAAGGAACUGGAAGACACUCUUGUGACAGGGUUCUUGAAGCUGGCAAAGGAUACCGACAGCGACGACAUCCCCCCGCCAUCAUCUGUCUCGAAUGCGAAAAACCAGGUCACCGGAAGUGGUGGCCCCGUAGACAGCGUAAUUGCCUCCGAGUCUGAAAACGAUUUCCAAGAAGCGCGAAGUGUCCCUGCAGAGAAGCCGACAAGUAUACCAUCUGUGGUAUCAACAGCGUGGAAAACCAUUCGCAACCGAAAUGGCGUACACGUACAAAAGAAGCGAAUCCUGGUCAACGAAGAGGUAGCUGAGAUCACUCGGGCGGCUAUGGUAAUCCACUGCGAUGCCGACCGAGUUUUUGCGGUGUUAUCGAACCCUGAACACAAUCGGCAAAUAGAUGAGGGUUACGUAGGGUCGGAGAUAGUACAUCAGUUUGACGAAGCACGUUGCGUCCGUCGGACGUCAUAUCAGUUUGGCAAACAAGGCGCAAGAGAUUACAUUGUUUUUGAGGUGAAAAGAACGCGCAACCAGGACAUACACUCUCCCUUAGAGGGAGCGCCAGCGGAUACUGAUUCGGAAACGGCAACGUCUUCAAGCAAUGAAUCCGCGCCUAUCCCAGAGCAGUUGGGUAGGCAUUCCUUUGUGGUAGUUUUCCGUUCCAUCAAGGCAUUUUCUCUUGAUGAAGCUGAGGGUGGCGAUACCAAGACAUUGACGGGUUCCCCGGAGAAGGGUCGUGAUGAAACAAGAGAUCCGCAAAGUGAUGCCACCGCUGGCAGCCCGCAACGUGGAGAUGGCAAAGGCCAGCAGAAACUUCACAGUCGUUCAAAUAGUAGCAGCCUUGACGAUGUUGAUCAAUCGCCGGUGAGAAACUGGAAAGCUAAGAGCAAGCUAUCUGUACCAGCACCUGCCAGCAGCAAAUCGGAAAACAACAACACGGUGUAUCUUUUCGGAUACCUCAUCACACCAGAUACGCAAUAUCCGUCUGAUACGUGCCAUGUCACCGUACUAUCCCAGCUGAGUCCGGAUCUUGCGCGACUAGAAGUUUCCUUCGACUUUUGCAAAAAGCUAAAAACAUUCAUCGAAGAAUUUGCAUCUCUAACUGGCUUGGCUGCUUCGCGGGACCGUAAUACAUCUGCGACCCUUCAUCGCAGUCCCUCGGAUGCAUCUAGUAUCCGCCGCCGGCGCUUCUUCAGUGACUCAUCGGCAUCGUCGUUGGACUCGCAGGGCCAAGGGCGACGGAUGGAGAAACUGAAGAAUAUUGUGGGAUCCACUGCAACCUAUCUAAUGAAGACCCGUAAGGUGUCUGGAUGGUUGGGACGGCAGCAGAGUGGAGAACUUACAGGAAUACCUUCUGAUGAGCUACUAUCGGCUACUGCUCGAGCGCCUAGUGUUGAAUUGGCGGAUUUUGGUGGCGAGGCGAGUACUGGAAAUUGGAUGGACGAUGAUGAUUCAGAAAAUCCUUCCGAGGGACGAGUCAAAGGUCAUACGAAGGAGGAGAGUAAGGACUCGGCUGCUUCAAUGCCCUAUUCUGAGAACUCGCUUCAUGACGACGGAAUUUCCUUUUCAUUGACUGCGGCGACGUCUGAUUUAGCAGAGGUUGCUUCUUCAGAUUCGGAAAGCGUUUCUACAGCACGUGUGACGCCCUCCCGAUCUUCUUUGCUUCCACCGCCUCCUCCUCUCAUUCCCAAACCCCCUGGCCCCCCGAUCUUGGAUACCCCUUAUGUUGAGCGUCACGUCCAAUCUAAAGAACUGGUCCGCAUCGAGAUACCUUUCAUCAACUCCCUAUACCCUCCUGAUGUGUCUACAUAUUUUGCGUAUGACUAUGGACCCACGUUUGACCAAUCCCAGACCAUAUCAUUCACACUUCUCUUCACCCCCGACCCUGAUAUCGACACGCUCUCCUCACCCUCUGUGGCGUCCAUUCUUCCCCAUCUACCCGCAAACUCGUCCGAGUCAACCACAAAGACACUGUUUCCAGCUACAACCGUCCACCUCACCAGCGCGACAUGGGGUGUGAUACCCCUCUCGAAUUUCCCGUCUGGAACCUUUAUAUUACUCUUCCAGAAUAUACAGAAAGUCUCCAAGCACCUCAAAUACAGAGCAGAUACAAUUUUGGAGGGCGAUGUUGGGAUUUGUGCAGAUGUGACUGUGGCGAGAAAAAAUGCGGGGAGAUAUCCGGUAGUUGUUUCAGGGAAUAGUGGACAAGGCAGAGAACUCUGUUGGGAGUUCACCACUGGCGGAUUUGAUAUUUUAUUUGGUGUUUUGUAUGAGGAGUUCGAGGCCAAUGACCCGAAAGGUGAUGAUUCAGAGGUUGAGCACGGAGCCAAUGACUUGACACCUACGCCACCACCUCCGAUACCCCCACGACCAAAGCUACCAAGUACAGAGGAGGAGAUCCCAGCACGGCCCCCCUCCUCAGAGUCUCACGAAUCUGACAGCUCUACAAAAGACCAAUCCGCAACCUCUCUCUCCGAUGUUGCCGACGCUGCAGCUGUGAUCUCUGUGGCAGCGUCAGGAGGAGAUCCGACAAAUGUUGGAGGUGUGUUGGAAGAGCUGGCUGGAUCGGGUACUCGGGAAGUUUUAGUGGAGAGUAUCUCUAAUAAGCUGACUGAGAGUACAAGCGAGAGUGUUGACGCUGUGUCGGAAGAUGUCGCACCACCCCGUACUUUGCAAAAUGGACAAUCCCUUUCUCGUCCAUCCAUUUCGUCGCGGCUUGCUGCCGUGGUCGGAUCCAAGGGAGCGCAUUCGCCACCACCGUCUCGUCCCACCUCAGUACCACAAGGAUAUGCCAGACAGGCCAGGGCGACCUAUGUUGUGACACCUACCAAACAGAAAGGUGUUAUACGCGGAAAACUAAAUGUGACCGAUCGUCCUGGGGUAUAUACUUUUGUUUGGGAUAAUGGAUAUAGUUUGGUUGUAAGUAAGAGGGUUGGCUUCAGGGUGUGGGUUAGGGACGACCCGGAUGCGGAGUGA